AUGGAUGAAGAACUUCGUUUACUCCCCAACGCUGCGCUCCCAGACGGGGCACCGACCCCCGAGUUGACGGAUACGCAACAUUUGGACAUAUAUGGUCUGGGAGCUCUUCGUGCAGCUGUGGUGAUUGAGACCAAGAACGAUAAGCAUGUUGUCAAAUCGGUGUGGAUGAGUUCACAAGAUCCAUCCUUGGCACGACAGCUCGUCAGUGUUAUCAAAGACCGGUACCUCAGUCCGGACAAGGGCUUGCUCUUCCAUGCUAGUGCUUCUCAGCCGGCACUUCGUGAGGAACUAAAGGGAUCAACAAUUAGAUCUCAGAUUAUGUCGAAGACGGUCGACGCCGAUGUAAAAUUACCAGACAACAUCUCAUACCGUGAUAUGACAGCGGAUGAAGCACGCGACUAUUUCCAAGAUUUCGAAGAGAUGUUCGUGAAGUUGAUGCUCACGUACAAGACCGCGGUUGAGAAUGAUGAGGAUGUGAAACAGCGGGGACAUGCAAUGGUCCGUAGCAUUGCCCCUAACGGUGUUGAGACCCCGGGGCAUAGAUUUAUCAUUGUAGAAGAGGCAGGUGUGACGUUGGCCACACUCUGGGUUGGAGAGCGAGGUGAAAAGCAGUCAUUCUGCUACAAUAUCGAAGUACUCCCGGAAAAACGCAGGCAGGGAUAUGGGCGCAAAACGCUGUUGGUUUGGGAGCAUGCAGCUGCGAGUAUGAGAGCAUCGACGUUAGGUUUGACUGUGUUCGGAACCAACGAAGCUGGGCUCCGGCUCUAUAAUGGCGGUGGCUUUGAAGCGGACGACACCACAUUCACAUUCAGUUGGGCAGAGUAG